ACACGGCGGAGCGGGGAGAGGUGGGGCAUGGCAGCAAGCUCGGCCCUCCCCGGCUGCCUCUGCCCUGCUCCUAGCUAUAAAUUCCAAAGGGAGGCAGGCUGUGCUGUUCACACCCCUCACUCUUGUGCAGAUUUGUCCUUUGCUGUCCACUCGCUCCGCAGGCACCAUGAGUUACUCGAGAUCCACUGUCUACUCCAGCUCCUACAGGCCAGUCGGGAGCUCCCUGAAGUUUGGCCCUGUGGCCAGCGCUGCCAGCGUCUAUGCCGGCGCAGGGGGCUCUGGCUCGAGGAUCUCUAUCUCCAGGUCUGGCAGCCUCGGCUCCAGCUACCUCGGUGGCGGCGGCGGCGGCGGCUAUGGAGGAGUCAGCAGCGGCUUCUCUUUCUCCGGCUCCGGUGUGGUCCAGAACGAGAAGGAAACCAUGCAAGACCUGAACGACCGCCUGGCUAGCUACCUGGAGAAGGUGCGCAGCCUGGAGGCCGAAAAUCGGAAGCUGGAGAUCCAGAUCAGAGAGUACAUGGAGAAGAAAGGGCCCAGCACCCGGGACUGGAGCCACUACUUUGACAUCAUCGAAGAUCUGAAGAAUCAGAUCUUUGACCAGACAGUGGACAACGCUCGCGUUGUCCUGCAGAUUGAUAAUGCCCGGUUGGCCGCUGAUGACUUCCGUGUCAAAUUUGAGGCUGAACUGGCCAUUCGUCAGUCAGUGGAGAAUGACAUCAAUGGCCUCCGCAAGGUCAUUGAUGACACCAACAUGAGCCGCCUACAGCUGGAAGGUGAGAUUGAGGCCCUCAAGGAAGAACUGAUCUUUAUGAAGAAGAACCACCAAGACGAAGUCAACAGCCUACAAGCCCAAAUUGCCAACUCUGGGCUGACGGUAGAAGUAGAUGCUCCCAAGUCACAGGAUCUGGCUAAGAUCAUGGCUGAGAUUCGGGCACAGUAUGACAUCCUGGCUCAGAAGAACCUUGAAGAUUUGGACAAGUACUGGAGCCAGCAGAUCACUGAGAGCACCGUCAUGAUCAACCAGAAUACCAAGGAGAUUGAGCAAGCCCAUAGUACCGUCACUGACUUGCGCCGCAACAUCCAAACACUGGAAAUUGAGUUGGAAUCUGCACGCAACCUGAAAGCCAGCCUGGAAGGCAACCUGCAUGAAGUCGAGGCCCGCUAUGCCAUGCAGAUGGAACACCUCAACGGGCUGUUGCUGCGGACCGAGGCUGAACUGGCACAGGUGCGGAGCGAUGUCCAACGCCAGGCAGAGGAGUAUCAGGCGCUGCUGAACAUCAAAGACAAGCUGGAGUCUGAGAUCGCUACCUACAGACACCUGCUGGAGGGUGGAGAGGAGUUGAGCCUGAAAGAUGCGUUACUGGAAAGCACCAUGCAAACCACUCACAAGACCCACACCACCAAGAUCGUUGAUGGCAAAGUGGUGUCGGAGACAAGUGAAACCAAAGUGCUGAAGCGCUGAUCCCAUCCCCUGCGUGGCAGGAAAUACCACCCAAUGCAGCUGAGAUAAUGCAUCUUUUGUGCUAGAGAUGGAGGGUGCUGGACAGGGACUGGGGUGGGGUUUUAUUGCAAUUCAAUAAAAUACAUUGCUAAAAUAAA